AUGGUUCCAAUAAAUGAUGACAUCUGCUUACGUUAUCCGAUAGGAAUACGUGUAAAAAUUGGCGUAAAUAGCGGAACCGUACGCUACAUAGGAGAAAUAUGUGGAUAUAAAGGUACUUGGCUGGGUAUUGAAUGGGAUGAUCCUAGCCGCGGCAAACACGACGGUGUCGUAAACGGCAAGCAUUACUUUUAUACCGCGCAUCCGACUGCAGGCAGUUUUAUACGACCCGAUAAGCUCGGACCUUUUGAAUCUUUGGAGACUGCGGCUCGCGAACGCUACCUAGUUGACUCUGAAAAAAGUUUAGAUCAGCAAUUGAUACGUGAGGCACAAGAAUUGUUACAAGCUUCAUUAUUCCAAGUCGUUGGUUUGGAGAAAUUGGCUCGGAAACAAAGUAAAUUUGAGCACCUCACAGAAAUUAGCGUAGCCGGAUCUCCAGUCAACAGUGCUGGUUAUUUGAUGGAAUUUACUGCCCUUACUACAUUAAACUUGAGUCAUACGUUGAUUUGGAAUUGGCAGACCAUAGCAGAGACGUGCCGCCAGGUAUCCACUUUAAAAAAUUUGAAUUUAAGCUGUAAUCGUUUUGUAGCACCCAGUGAUUCACAAACUGUUGAAUUGUCAUCAGCCUUCGAUAAUCUGCAACUCCUUAAUUUACGUAAUUGCGAGUUUAGGGAUUGGUUCGAAAUAAUACAAACUGCCCGCUUAUGGCCGCAAAUAAUGUCAGUAGGACUUCAAGAGAAUCCCAUCAGUGAAAUAAGUAUAAGUAUAAGUACUAAAGAUGUUUUCAAGAACUUAAGAGAACUUGAUUUGCAUCGUACUAAAAUCACUGACUUUGAUCACAUAUGCAAGUUGGGAUAUCUUGGGACUUUAGUUUCGUUGAAUCUAACGGAGAACGGUAUCAAGGAAGUAAAGCUGCCCGAUUGUGAGCCAAACACAAAACUGGACAUGUUCAUAUCUUUGGAACAAUUAAGUUUACUUUACAAUCCCAUAAGGAAUGAAACGGAUACUUUCAACGAACUGGACAAGUUACCACGAUUGAAGCGUUUAAAUAAGACUCCACAUUUAAAAUCAAAUUUUGGUAAAAUGCUUGUGAAGGCGGUUGGUCUAAUCAGUGGCCUUGAAAUGGUCAAUAGAGCAGAAAUUUCUGCUGAUGAAAGACGUGGAGCAGAAUAUGACAUAUGGAAAAAAUACGCUUUAGAUUGGCUUCAGGCUUCAAAAUUUCCCGAAACUCUUAAGGAAUUUUAUAAAAAGCAUCGCUCUUAUGCCUUAUUAAUAAGAAAAUACGACUCGCCCAUCGAUUUCGUGCCACGAGCAAAUACAAAGGUAUCAAAAUUAAUAAAAAUACGUAUUUUGAAUGAGAAAACUGGAGAAAUGUGGGAAAAGAAAUUUCCACGCAUGAUUAGUGUGCAAACGCUUCUUGGCUUGCUUAUUAAACAUUUCCAUUUGGAUUGUUUAACUAUGACACCUGAAUUGUAUUAUAGUGACUCAAGGAAUCCGGAGCUGGUAGUACCUUUAGACAAUCUCUCUAAGACAUUAGAUUUUUAUUCAUUGCAAGAAAAUGAUAUUGUUCAAGUUAAUUAUUAG